AGAAAUCAUAAUUGGACAAAUCCGUACUUUUCCGACUAAAAUUUCCCAACCUUGCUGAUUUUUUAUAAAACUUAGUUGUGAAUUGUGAUCUCUGCUACAUUACAUUGAUAUAAUGGAUGGUUCUGCUACCUCUCCAUUGUUGAAUGCCGAUGAUCAUGAAGAAGACAUGGAGGCCAAUGAGCAACAAGAAUCAUCCAAGGGAGGAUGGAGAUCAUCCAUUUACAUCAUUGGAGUCGAAGCGGCUGAGCGAUUUGCUUACUAUGGCAUGUCGGCAAACCUUAUAACUUAUCUUACUGACGUCCUUCUCGAGCCUACAGCCACAGCGGCCAUGAACGUCAACAUCUGGUCUGGAGUAGCGACUGUCCUACCUCUACUUGGAGCUUUCAUGGCUGAUUCCUACUUGGGUCGUUUUAAGACCAUAAUCAUCUCGUCCGCAAUUUAUCUCAUGGGAUUAGUGAUGUUAGUGUUAUCGGUGUCGGUGAUUCCAUUGCGAUUUCAGAAAGUUGUGUUUUUCUUCUCUCUUUACAUGGUGGCCGUCGGGGAAGGCGGGCACAAACCCUGUAUACAGACUUUCGGAGCAGAUCAAUUCGAUGAAGAUAAACCAGAUGAGAAGACAGCCAAGAGCUCCUUCUUUAACUGGUGGUACUUUGGGAUCUGUACAGGAAAUUCAACAGCACUUUGCCUAGUAGUUUACAUUCAAGAUAAUGUGAGUUGGGCAAUUGGGUUUGGAGUGCCAGCCAUUGCAAUGGCCAUUGCUCUAGCUCUGUUUCUGUUUGGUUGGAGAUCAUAUAGACGACAGUCCUUGACGGGCAGUCCCCUUACCAGAGUGGUGCAGGUGUUUGUUGCAGCUGCUCGUAAGCGGCAUUUGUCUUUCUCAGAUGAUGGCCAUGGAGAUUGUAGUGGAGAAGAAAGCAUUACUUUGGCCAUUGACUCUCAUUCUACUGGUCGCCAGACCCUCCCACGCAUCCAUCAAUUCAAAUUUUUGGACAAAGCUACGAUCAUUGACGAUUUAGAUUUAUCGAGCAAGAACAGAAACGGUUGGAGGCUUUGCACGUUGACCCAAGUAGAAGAAGUUAAACUUCUACUUCGUCUACUUCCAAUAUGGUUUAGUUGCUUGAUAUAUGGAAUUAUGUUUUCUCAAGGAGGGACCUUCUUCACCAAGCAGGGCAGUACAAUGUACAAAAGGAUCAGUUCCAACUUCUCUGUCCCUCCGGCAAGCCUUCAAGUGGCUAUUGGUGUAGUAACUAUCAUCGGCAUGCCGAUAUAUGAUCUUGUUUUCGUCCCAACUGCAAGAAACUGUACCGGAUUCCCCUCCGGCAUCACAAUCCUCCAAAGAAUUGGAGUAGGAAUUUUUCUUUCAGCAGUGGCCAUGGUAAUAGCAGCUCUUGUAGAGGGUAGAAGACUUAAGAUUGCAAGAGAAUAUGGGCUGAUAGAGAAACCAAAGGAAACCAUUCCCAUGAGCAUUUUCUGGUUGCUGCCACAGUAUAUGAUGAUGGGAGCUUCAAAUUUAUUUGCAAUCGUUGGGCUGCAAGAACUCUUCUAUGAUCAGAUGCCAGAGGGAAUGAGAAGCAUGGGCUCAGCUGCUUACCUCAGUGUGCUUGGUGCUGGAAGCUUAUUGAGCAGUGCUCUUAUAUCUAUGGUGCAAUUCGCUAGCUCAAGAUGGGGAGAUGAAUGGUUGGGUGAAAAUCUCAAUCUUGCACAUCUUGACUAUUAUUGCUGGUUGUUGGCUGGGUUGAGUGGCUUUGGGCUUGGUUGUUUUAUCUUGGUGGCCAAGUGUUUCAUUUACAAGAAAACUCAGUGUUGAAACGAAUCCAAAUAUUGGAGGCUCUAAACAAAAGGUGGGUUUUGGAAGACUUUGGUUGGAUCAGGCAUAUUAGGGCUGCAAAUGGAUCGAAUUGGAUGGAUAAAAGGAUAUAGGCGCACAGAUCUAAAUUUGAUAUAUUUAUAUAUUCAAAUUGAAAUCUGAUUAUCCAUCAGAUUUAUGUUGAUUGAGUUUGGAUUGCAAUUGGAUAUUGAGUAGUAUAAAUAAAUUAAAUUAAAAAAUGACCUAAGGAUUAAUAGAAUGAGCUAAAAAUGACUUUGAUAUUA